AUGCCGCGUCUCCUCCCACGUCUUUUGGAACGCCUUCAGAAAGCCAAGGCAGAGCCUCUUUCCAAGCCUCCCCUUUUACUGCCUAGGAGGCGCAGGAAGACCUCUCUUCUACAACCGAUUCCGUCCUUGAGGGCUGAGUCCAACGAUCAUUCACAGUCCAUCCUUGUAGACACUGUCAAUCCAGUCGUCGAUGCUAAAGGAUAUAUUCGCCACAAAUCACUACCCCCUCGCCCGCCGGCGGCUUCAGGGCGUGUUAGAAACUAUCCUGCAAGUACAAGAGGAUCAGAACACGAUGUUCCAAGGGACAUGACUGCGCAGGAGAAAGCUUGGUGGUCGAGCCCUUACUUACGCAUGCUCUUGUCUCCUCUGAGAGUCUGCAUGUUGACUGGAAGAUGUCUGCCUUCCGAUUUCAUGCUCCGCAUGGCGGUUAUGCAGCAACCAGCGACAGUUUCGUUGCGACCAAAACAAUUUCUACUUCCGGACGGCAUAGAGCAUCCGAGGUUCAAGGCUCGUAAAUCGACUACGGGAGGCUACGUGGUAUGCUGGAAGACGGCAGUACAACAACUCAUGGAAAGAGGGUCGUACAGAAGGCUAUCACCGCAAGCCAAUGCGCACGCGCACUUGACUGAACAAAUAGGUCAUCUGCUGCGACUGAGAGUCUUACAAGAGCUAGAAAUUCUGGGAGAUCGACUCCAAUGCAUACCCCGUGGGUCCCUGAGCUCCCCACUAAUCCGCAAGCUCACGCGGGCGGAAUGGAAGGAACUCAAAGAGACUGGCAUCUUAUCGCAAAGGGCCGCGAUUGCUGUAGUGGUGUGCCCUCCGGUCAAUCGAGAUCCCCAGAUAAAAGCAAGGCCACAGCCCACGAUGAUCUCUUCCCCUCACACAGAUUUCGCGGACGACUUGCCUACGAGGACGCGCAGGGAGUUACCGCCUCUAUCGGUGCUGCAUUCAACGUCGACGGCGCUGCACGUCGGUGAUGACAUAGGCGAUAUCCUCCCGGCAGCCAAUAUUCCCCUGUACAACGGCGUGGCGCUUUUCCCCAAGAGAUCUCAUCGCACAGCAUUUCAUGCUCUUCUGACGCGCCUUUUGAAAAUGGAACGACGAGCACGAUACCAAGAACGCAAACAGUCAGGUUCAAAUCUCAAACACUUUGAUAGCGGCAGAAGAAAACAGGAGGAAACGGCAAGUCAUGCGUUUGUGGUGUAUUCCAGUUCCGCGACGUUGGAUCGAGCGGAUGUCGUACCGUUCGCAACGGCUCUGUGGAGAGUUAGGAUAUGGGAAGGCGCUGGAUGGGAUGAUCCUCAGGUCCCGACAGCAGGAGGCUGGGAGGAUCCUGGCCUGUAA